AUUUUGUACUUUUACAAGUCACACCUUUGACAUUUCCAUAUUUCAAUAUUAGUUAUCACUUCCAAAUUCGCCAUAACCAACACCCUCAUACUUGAUUUCACAAGACGACAAUAAUAUUGCUGAAACAUAAUACCAUAGAAUAUAUUGCGAAACCUCCUAGGUACGAUAUGGUAGACAUUUAUGAGUGAAGAGUAGGCUUGGCAUCAUCACGUCAAAUUCACAUUUCGAUACACUUCAGCGCACCUCUUCUAAAGCUCCCAGCUUCCCGACGUAUUUACACCCACCCAGGUACAUACCCAAGCGAUCUCAGCCUCCUACAUGUAUGACUUCGACGACAAAUAUACCCUCAACGGCACCGCGCCAGCGUCAAAUAUACUAGGUUGGAAACUCAGCCAGCUGUGAAAAGGUCACACCCUCAAAACUUGAGAUCAUCGUCCUCAUGGCUGGAGUCAAAGGAAACUCUUUGCGCGAUCGCCAAAUCGUAUCCCUGAAAAAGAUCCUCAACUUAAACGAAGUCCUCGACCAGAAGGACGAAGAUGAUUCACAUGCUAACGGGCUGGCCCCAGCGGGCCCUAUAUUAACAGCUAAUGGCGAACCAAUAUGGAAAGUCCUGGUGUUUGAUGACCUUGGUCGCGACGUAAUCAGCAGUGUCCUACGAGUGAAUGACUUGCGAUCCAUGGGCGUUACUAUGCAUAUGCAUCUCGCCACUUCCCGGCACCCUAUUCCCGAUGUUCCGGUCAUAUAUCUCGUCGAACCUAAUGCGAAGAACUUGGAGGGCAUAACAAGUGAUCUACAAAAAGGCCUAUACUCUCCGGCGUAUAUCAACUUCCUCUCGUCUAUACCCCGCCCUCUUCUCGAAGACUUCGCCUCGCAAACUGCUACAGCCGGUACUGCGGAACAUAUCGCUCAACUAUUCGACCAAUAUCUUAAUUUCAUAGUUGCCGAGCCCGAUUUGUUUAGCUUGGGAAUGCAAAAAGAGCACACAUAUUGGGCAUUGAAUAGCGCAAAGACGAAGGACGAGGAGCUAGAUCAUGUUGUUGAUAAGAUAGUCAGUGGCCUGUUCAGUGUUGCUGUAACUAUGGGUGUUAUCCCGAUCAUACGUUGUCCCAAGGGAGCCGCUGCGGAAAUGAUCGCCGGCAAGCUAGACCGAAAACUCCGCGAUCAUAUUCUCAACUCUAAGGAUAACCUGUUCUCCUCCAAUACUCGUUCGGCAUCGUCGGCGAAUACGCCCGCCUCUCGUCCGGUUCUCGUUAUACUUGAUCGAAACGUCGACCUAAACCCCAUGCUCUCUCACUCUUGGACAUACCAAUCUCUCGUACACGAUGUUCUUAAUAUGAAGCUAAAUCGGAUUACCAUCGAAACACCUAUAGAUGAGGACAACCCCGCAAAGGGCGUUACCAAAAAGGCCUAUGAUUUAACUGCCACCGAUUUCUUCUGGGAAAAAAACUCAGGUGUUCCCUUUCCACAAGUCGCGGAAGACAUUGACGCCGAGUUGAUGCGAUACAAGGAGGAUGCUCAAGAAAUCACCAAGAAAACGGGUGCGUCUUCAAUAGAGGAUUUGCAGAAUGACACAAGCGCGAGCGCACAACAUUUGAAGGCUGCGAUAACGUUGUUGCCAGAAUUGAGGGAGCGAAAGGCCGUGUUAGAUAUGCACAUGAAUAUCCUCGCUUCUCUAUUAAGGGGCAUAAAGGACAGGCAGUUAGACAACUACUUCCAAUUAGAAGAGAACGUCAUGAAGCAGACCAAGGCCCAGAUACUCGAGGUUAUCAAAGACGAUACGAAAGGCAACGAUCCUUUAGACAAGCUCCGCUUGUUUAUAAUUUGGUUCCUCAGUACCGAGCAAGAAGUCAGUCGCGCAGACUGGACUCAGUUCGAGGAGGCUCUCACAACUGCAGGAGCGGAUAGUACCAGUCUUGCAUAUGUCCGACAAGUUCGGGCCACGACGAAGAUGACCCAGUUAACUACCGUCGGGCCUUCUCAACCAACUGCCACGCAGUCUAAUUCCACAGAUUUAUUCGGCCGUUUCUCUUCCCUUUCCAGCCGUCUAACGGACCGCUUGAAGGAAACAGGCGUUGGCGUCCCCACGAAUUUAGCGUCAAACUUCGACAACUUAAUCGGUGGGAUCAAAAACUUCUUACCCGCCGAUCGUGACUUUACCAUCACCAAGAUCGUUGAGUCCAUUAUGGACCCGCAGGCUGCAUCCACAUCCGCUAUCGCUAAGACCGAAAAUUACCUCUACUUCGACCCGCGCAGCGCCAGCGCGCGUGGUACCAUGCCCCCGCCAAGUGCCAUGCGGGCUGGCGCUUCACCAGUCGCCAACGCGCCCGGUUCCCUGCCGAGCGCUGCAGGACUUGGCCUUCAAGGCCCCGGAACAGGCGCCAGCUUUGGACAGCGCAGGCAAGGAUUUACCGAAGCCGUCGUAUUUACGGUCGGGGGUGGUAGUAUGGACGAGUACGGCAACCUCCAGGAAUGGGUCCGGAGAACAAGCGAGGCGGGCGGACGCACCAAGAAGAGGAUUGUGUACGGCAGCACGGAACUCCUCAACGCACGCGAGUUUAUCGGCGAAGAGCUGGAAAGGUUGGGGCGGGAGGUUCCUUGAUUCUCUGCUGUUAGUUGUAUGCCUACCUAGUUAUCAAACAGAGGUAACCUAUCAAUAUCGAUAGUCCUACGACUACUUUAUGUACUGGUAUUUACCGCUUUACCUGGGUAUAAAAGGAAAAGUCGGUUAGACUUGAUGAGUAAGAUCAUGUAUGUGCCCACGUUUCCCUACAUACGUAUGAAAAGGGAUAAGAGGAAAGGGGAAAAGGGGGGGGAGGUUUGAUACGUCCUAGGUAGAUGUAUGUGAAGAUACAGACACAUUGUUGGCAUUAA